AUGGCCUCGAAUGACGGGCAUUCUUCGUUCCAGAUCGAUGUUCGCCUUCGACUGUGCCACCAAUUCGAACCCAUAAAGAGCCAGAACUCAGAAAGCCAGCCAUAUCUUAAUUUGGCAAGUCUCAGUAUUCUGAAGGUGAACAGCACUCCAAGACCUACCGGCAUUUUUGCCCCAGCCACUGAUCAUUACAAAGUUCUGAAAGUGGAAACCCGGAGUCUAUUUGCGCGCCUCACGUCCAACAAUUCGAGCUUCAGCAAUUUGAACGAAAUCGGACUCUUCACCAAUGUCAAUCUGAAUAAAUCAUACCCUGGGAUGCGGGUUGUCCUUUUCCGUGCCAGUUACUCGCAGACUAUUGGAGAACCGGACGGUGCACGUCGUGUGAUAUUGCCGGAUAAGCCCAAAAUUUUCAACCCUCGACUUCAUUCACAUCAACAGAGCUAUCGGACCUGGGCUGCAGAUGAGAAGAAUUCGGCGAAACCAGACCCGUGGCAAACGACAACACUACCUGGUAGCCGUGAGACCUAUACUCAGGCAUUCAGAAUGUUUACGGGAGGCUACUACCAUGCCCUUUUCUUCAGGGAAAAUGGGUAUGCCGGUAUUAUUUCAGAUAUUCAGUACAUGUGUGUGAUUCUCUUCCCAGAAUCAUAG